AUGUUUAAGAAAAACAAGAGGAAAUCACAGGAGCGAAAAAUAUCCAAGAAAAACAACAGCAAAGAAAGGAAGACUUCUCGGGAUCAAAAUUCAGAAAGCCAAAGGACAACUCCCUUCUUUCCACAGAAUUGAAAACUUUUUUCUCCAGAGGUUGGCAGGAUAGUGUGGGCCAUUUACUUUGUUGUGAUUUGACAGGAACAGCAUUCAGAGUCGGUGAUUGGUAUCUUUUGACGGCCUUUCACAUAAUUGAAAGCACAUUGGGUGCGUGCUUGAAAAUGAUAAUAGAAAAUGCCCAGUGUGACCCAAAUCGUGGAAACAACUAUCUGUAUCUAUUGCAAGUUUUGGAAGUGAAAGGGUCUGGAUCAGGGGUUGAGAUGAUGAUAGAGAAUGGAAUUAAAGAGUGGAUUACAAAAUGUAAAGAUAAUCUCAGGAUAAGCAAUUUAUUGGAAGCCAUGAGAGUCACGGGAUUCUCCGUAGCAAGAGAAAACAUAUUUAAAAUUAUGGGUGAGAAUCCUAUGCAAGUUGUCUUUGGUCGCAUGAAAGAACACGAAGAGGGUAUAAAAUAUCCCGUGAAAUUUGACAUUCCGUUCUACAGCAAAACUGAGGACAUUGCUAUACUGGAAGUUGAUCCGACAAAUUUACCCCGUUUACCAAUUGCAUUUGCAUUAGAAAGAUCAAUUAUUGCGCCAGAGUCUAUUCACAUUGUUGGUUACCCAGCCUCACACGGAAGGAAACAAAUAUUUGACCCAAAGUGCCCUUUGAUAUUGGAAAUGGAAGCUCGAACAACACUUGAGCAAUGGAAAGUAAUGUAUCCCUGGGAGGAUUUCCAAAAUUUCAGCAGGGCCUGUGAUUCUGCAUUUUCCGGGAAAGAAAAAGUGCUGUUUCACUGUUCUGAAUCUACGGCUCACGGUGCCUCGGGUAGUCCUGGACUGAUACUUUCAGACGGUGACAAACCAAAAGUGUAUCUCAUGCUACAGGAAGGAUUUCCGUCAUUUAUGUACGGUAAUAAUUGUCAGGUAGAUAUUAAGACUGUUCCAAAAGAACUUCUAAUUGAAAGUGGAAUUAGCAUGUCCAGAGUUUACUCACUACUCAGCAACACGCCAUACUUAGUAAUCCUGCGAAAUGCGAUUUUCCAUACUUGAACAUUUUGUAUAAUG